CGUCGCCGUCUCCUCUCGCUCUAACCGGCCCGCCCAUGUUACUGCCUUCAUGAGUUGGAUAAAAUCCCACACAGCAACUCCGCAGAGUAGCCGUUCCUUGUCAUGCAGCCACUCACUUCUGCAAUGACUAGCCUUAAAAAAUCGCUGUUGGCGGCCCUCAAGUCGUUUCUACGCGGUAGAUCCUUCUUGCAGGCGCUGCUCGCGUUUUGGAUCAGUCCCAAGACGCUGAACGAACACCGAGCUGGCGGGAAGCCGACCUUCCUGUCGAGAACCGUCGAGGAUUUCCUGAGAGAGGCAGAGAGGCUGCUGCUGGGGCCCAUCGACGGAGAUGGACUGCGGAGGUACUCCUCAGAACUCAAGCGCCAGUUCCGGGAGCGGUUACAGAGCCAUCCCGAAUGCAUGCUGCCAUCCUUCAACCACCUCCUCCCCACCGGCAAUGAGCGAGGCCGCUUUCUCGCUCUCGACGUCGGCGGGUCGACGCUGAGGGUCGGUCUGGUGGAGUUAAGAGGCCGUGGUACCACGGGGCGGGAGAGCGAGAUCGUGCGGAUGGUCGCCUUCAAGAUCACGCCCGAGAUCAGGAUGCUGGAGGGCAUGAGUUUCUUCGAUUGGAUGGCAGGUCGGAUCCAUGAAGUUGUCCAAAACGAUAUCGCGUCCGACCAAGAGAUAAUACCGAUGGGCCUCGCCUGGAGCUUUCCGGUCGAGCAAGUAUCCCUCGGUGGCGGGCUUCUGCUUCCUAUGGGGAAGGGACUCAGCGCCACUAAUGGUCUCCUGGGCCAAGACCUGGGUGAGAUCAUCAAGUUUGCCUGCAAAAAACAGGGUCUCAACGUCCAGCUUUCCGCCAUCGUCAACGACAGUUCGGCAACGCUAUUAUCGCAAGCCUACGUCUACGGCUCGACGCGGUUCGGCUUGAUCUUGGGAACCGGCACUAACAUUGCCGUCCACCUCCCCGUAUCAGCGUUCAGCCGCGCCAAGUUCGGAAAUCGGCCGGAGAGCUGGUUCGAGUCGGCGAGCCACGUCAUCGUCAACACCGAGCUGGGCAUGUUCGGGAAGGACAUCCUACCUUUGACGAGGUGGGACGAACUUCUAAACGUAUCGCACCCCCGGCCCGAGUUCCAACCCCUCGAGCACCUAGUCAGCGGUUACUAUCUCGGCGAGAUCUGCCGGCUCGCCAUCGUCGAGGCCAUCGAGACGACGGGACUGCUGGGCGGAAAGCUACCGCCGACGUUGGAGAAGCCGUACUCGCUCGACACCGAGAUUCUAUCAGCAAUGGAAGCCGACACCUCCCCCACCCUCGAGAAAGCCCUCGCGCAAUGGACGACGCACCAUCCCUCCUCGGCCGGCCGGCCCACGCUAGCCGACAUAAGCGCGAUCCGCACGCUCGCGACCUUCAUCUCACGGCGAUCGGCGGCCCUGCUCGCGGCCUCUGUCUUCUCGCUGUGGGAGCUGCGACAGGAAACUGAGGCCGAGUACGUCGCCUCGGCGGCCACCGGGCCCCCCAAGAACGACAGCGCCGUCGCUCUCUCGUCGAUCGACGGCAGCAAAGAGGAGGAAGCGACCAACACCAAGGUCGCCUUCAACGGAUCCGUCAUCGAGCACUACCCGCUGUAUCGGGACGCGUGCCAGCGGUACAUCAACGACCUCAUGUCGCGCAGCGGGCAUCCCGGAUCGGUUGACCUCGUCCCUGCACACGAGAGCUCAAUCCUCGGCGCCGCGAUAGCCCUCGCGUGCGCGACGCCUUCAGCAGAGUCGUAGGAGCAGAGCACCGCGCCACACAAACCACCUGACCAUCGACCACUCUUGCCUUCCCACCUCCACCCUAACUACGCG